GGAAAAUAAAAAGUUGAAGGAGAAGAAUCAAGACGAUAUAGUAUUGCUUUUUAAUAUUAUCAUUUCACAGCAACGAGCUCCGGCGAUAGCAUGGCUGAUUCUCCUGCUACCAAAAGGAAUUCCCAAAGGCCUACCUAUUCUCAAUUCACACAACAACAGCUUCCUGCUUGGAAACCAAUUCUAACUCCAGGAUGGAUCAUUACAACAUUUGUAUUUGUUGGCAUUAUCUUCAUACCUAUUGGUCUGGCUUCCAUGUUUGCAUCAGAACAUGUGGUGGAAAUUGUAGAUCGUUAUGACGAAGAUUGCAUUCCUCCUGAUUAUUCAAAUAAUAGUCUUGAAUACAUUCAAAGCAAUAAAACUAACAAGACUUGCACCAGGAAAUUAACCGUUCCAAAACAAAUGAAAAGUCCAGUUUUUAUCUAUUACGAGCUUGAUAACUUCUAUCAGAAUCACCGACGAUAUGUAAAAAGUCGAAGUAACAAACAACUACGGCAUAGACAAAGUGAGAGCGACACAAGUAGUUGUGGACCUGAAUCACUCGCAUCAAAUAAUGCUCCAAUUGUUCCUUGUGGCCUUAUUGCAUGGAGUUUGUUCAACGACACCUAUGGAUUUUCCCUUAAAGACAAGGCUUUAGAUGUUAGCAAAAAAAAUAUAGCAUGGAAAAGUGACCAAGUUUAUAAAUUUGGGUCUGAUGUGUAUCCCAAAAAUUUCCAAACUGGUGAUUUAAUUGGAGGUGCAAAACUUAAUUCAAGUAUACCUUUGAAUGAACAAAUGGAUCUUAUUGUUUGGAUGCGAACAGCUGCAUUAUCAACUUUCAGAAAACUUUAUGGAAGAAUAGAAGUGGACCUUGAGCCUAAUGAUAUAAUUAUAGUUACUAUAGAAAAUAACUAUAAUACAUAUAGCUUUGGAGGUAAAAAGAAGCUUCUUCUUUCAACUACAAGUUGGAUGGGAGGGAAAAAUGACUUUCUUGGCAAAGCAUAUCUUAUUAUAGGUGGAUUCUGCUUGUUACUGGCAAUAAACUUCAUACUUGUAUAUGUAAUGAAGCCCAGGGCACUUGGUGAUCCAUCCCACUUGUCGUGGAAUAGAAAUCCAGUUGGACAUAUGACUUAAAACUACUCAACAAUCCUCUGCUCAUUCCAAAUUAAGGCUUGGGAGUACAUUUCGAAACAUCCAUUUUGAUGCAUGAAAAGCAUAAAGCUCUGCAAUAUAUCAACAUUAUGCAAAAAGGUAUUAACUAGUUGUAGCUAGCUUAAAUUUUAAUAUUGCUUUUCUACAUUUAUUUAAUUUUAAUAUUGCUUUUGUACAUUUAUAUAUUUACAUAUAAACAAGUCUAGUUAGAUCUAACAUUA